UGACGGCUCAGUCACCAGCAGAUAGAGACGGGCUGUUGAAUAACGGUGCACUUCCGAAUGGAUCCAUCGAAAGUUCUGGGAGUGUGUUUUUCGAUUUGGACGAUAGCAGUAACGAGGAGAGCACCGAGGCCGAGGAAGAGAUAGGACCUCUGAGAUCUGCCGGGAGUCAACUUUCUAGCCAGUCGUCGAUCGAAAGAAGCGGUUCUGCGGAAGACCUU